UCUAUGUGUGCGCGUCGCGUCACGCCCCGCUGCCGUGGCUGUGGUUGCGCCCCUGGAGGAGGAGGCAGAGGGGGGAAGCACCGUGGAAAACGUCGUCCGCUCGCCCGCGCCUCCGCUGCCUCAUGCCGUGGCGCCGUCCUUCCGCCAGCCCGGGAACCUGCAUGGUCGGGCAUGGGGAGCGCUGUGCCCUCCCGCGCCCCCAGGGCUGAGGCGCCGCUCGCCAUUCUGCGGCGGCUGCUCGCCGCACUGGGGCUGCUGCUGCUGCUAGGCGCAGGUGACUGCGAGCUGCACACAUCUUGUGGAAUCCAGAAGUGCACCACUGAUUUUGUAUCCUUUACCUCACAUCUAAACGCAGCUCUUGAGGACUUUGAUUUGGAAUUCUGCAAGGCCCUGCGGGCAUACUCUGUGUGUACCUAUCGCAAUGCCAAAGUAUGCCGUGGAAACCUAGUCUACCAUUCUGCAGUGCUUGGGAUUGGUGAUCUCAUGACCCAGAGAAACUGUACCAAAAAUGGACCCAUAUCCUCCACCAACUCUGAAAUGACCCAUGAUCUUUGCAACUACAGUGGCCACACAGAAGCAAGAGAACAUCAGGGGGGAGAGGAGAUACCUCCUCCUACUUACCUGUUUUGUGGUUUGUUUGGGGAUCCUCAUCUGAGGACUUUUAAGGAUCACUUCCAGACAUGCAAAGUGGAAGGUGCUUGGCCCCUCAUAGACAAUAAAUACUUAUCAGUGCAAGUGACCAAUGUGCCUGUGGUCCCAGGAUCCAGCGCUACUGCUACAAACAAGAUAACUAUUAUCUUCAAAUCAUACCAAGAUUGUACAGAUCAGAAAGUAUAUCAAGCAAUGACUGAUGAUUUGCCUGCAGCUUUUGUUGAUGGUACAACAAGUGGAGGAGAUGAGAACACCAGGGGCUUGCACAUUGUGGAGAAAGUCAGUGGCAAAUAUAUUGAGAUGCAUGCAAGGUACAUCGGAACCACAGUGUAUAUCCGCCAGCUUGGGCACUACCUGACCCUGGCCAUUCGAAUGCCCCAGGAGUUGAUCAUGGCCUUUGAGGAGAGCCAGGAUCUGCAGCUGUGUCUGAAUGGCUGCCCUUCCAGUGAACGUAUUGAUCAGAGUGGCUACUUGCCAUUGCCUGUGAUGGGAAAGCUGCUUCCUUGGGGUACUGCAUCUCAUCCCCGAUCAGGGUACACACUGGAAACAGCCACCACCAAAUGCCAUGAGAAGAUGCUUGUGAAGGACAUCUAUUUUUACUCAUGUGUAUUUGAUCUACUCACCACUGGCGAUGACAACUUCACAGCUGCUGCUCACAGCGCCUUGCAGGAUGUGGAGGCACUGCACCCCAGCAAAGAGCACUGGCAUAUCUUUCCUAGGAGUGGAAAUGAUGGUGUGGGCAGGGAUAGCAAAUUCUUUGUCAGUCUUGGACUUCUAUGCUUGAUCCUUGUUCCAUAUUUGUAUGAUUUUUUAGACUCUUAACAAAAUUUUGAAAUAUAUAUUGUCAUAAUAUAUUGAGUUAAGAGGAAUAUGUAUGUAUAUACCAUGUAUAUGAAGGAAUGUUUUGUCUUGCGGCAUCAAUCAGAUAGGAUGUUCACUGUUUUCAUGUAUGUUUGAUUCAGUAUUCUAUGUAUCUAUUUGUUUUACAGUUGUUGAAAAGUUUUAUAGUGUCCCUGCAUUGAGACCUGAUAAAAAGCACUUUAUUUUUCACACAUUAAAUAUGUAAAUGUGUACCUCAGUAACUAUGUGUUACACAGUGCUCUCUUUUCUCUAAGUACUACUUGGUUUAACACAUUUUUUAAACUGUUUUCCCAAGAGACCUUUAGUUAAUGCCAAACAUUUAUCUUUUGAAGUUAGUGAAUGGUCUCUGGAGAGAGCUUAAACUUAGAGGGAACACCUUUUUUUAUUUUCUUUUUAU